AUGCUUCUACUUUUACUUAGUGCUCUUACACUUCUGUUAGCUUCUGAUAUUGAAUUGGCUGUGACGAAGAGUGCCAAAGCACUGUGCAAGCUACGAAGAUUGCCUUUUAUGGUACUUAAUACGAAGUCACCUCUGUGCAUCAUCGAAGCUAGGUGCACCGACAAUGUACUAUUUGUUGGUGCUACUGUUGUUGGAGGGAUGGUACUUGUCCUUCAAUCGUUUCCGUUAUUCAUGAAUAAUUGGGUAUUUUUCACUGAACCGCGUCCUAUCAAUAAAACCAACGAAAACGGCGAGCAGGUGGAAAGUACGUUUCACUACAAUGUUGGUUACUUUCAAGUCUGUCGAAUGUACAUCAGUAAUCAAAGCGGAAUGGUUUAUAAUGAGUAUGAAAUACCACAGACGGAAAGCACAUAUAAGUGUUAUCUCAAUCCUUUGUUUUCUCAUGAGGAUCUGACAGACCAUUUUGUUGCUUCACUCGCAGUAAUCAUGAGAUUGGGCAUCCCAGCACUUCUCCAUCUAGCUGGGUCUUUCAUAUGCUGUCUCGCGUUCGUUCUUGGAAUUGCUGGUCACCUCCAAAGGACAUCCUACACUUUGUUUUCAUGUAUCAACUACAUUUGUGGAGGUAUAAUUCUUUCUACUGCUGUUCUGAUGGUAGUUUGUGUGGUCGACGAUGAAUUAGCGCCACGAAUGAAACCAAAUUCUUCUGGCGAGCCUAGCAAGUUCAGUUAUUCGUAUGGGUAUCCAUUCUUUUUCGCCGCUUUAUCGUUCUUGCCAGUACAAGUUUGUGCUUGCCUCCAAUCGUAUCUGUAUUUCAGAUAUGUGCGUGAGAAUGAUCUUGGUGGAUACUUUGUACAAGACGCUCUGCAAGCAUAUCGGAUGGUAGUUCCGAAGGUCCUGUUGGCCACCUGCCUUACGAAUAAGAACGGUUCGCGAGGUCUUCCACUGGUCUGGGAUUCUUCUUUUCCGAAGAGGGAGAAUUAG